CUCCUCUCUCUCCUUCCGGUCGCUUCGUCUCUCACGCUUUCGCAUUCAAUGGCGAGCGCAAACGAGAGCAGGAACAAGCUGGAGCCGGAGAAGCAGAGGCUUCUAAACCAGCACACGGAGGCCCACUUCACCGCCGGCGAGAUCGUCCGCGACAUCAUCAUCGGCGUCUCCGACGGCCUGACCGUCCCCUUCGCCCUCGCCGCCGGCCUCUCCGGCGCCAACGCCCCCUCCUCCAUCGUCCUCACCGCCGGAGUCGCCGAGGUCGCCGCCGGCGCCAUCUCCAUGGGUCUCGGCGGGUAUCUUGCAGCUAAAAGUGAGGCAGACCACUACACGAGGGAACUCAAAAGAGAGCAAGAAGAGAUCAUCAGUGUUCCUGAUACUGAAGCGGCCGAGGUGGCGGAGAUACUGGCGCAAUACGGAUUAGAGCCGCAUGAAUACAGGCCGGUUGUGAAUGCGCUGAGGAAGAAGCCCCAAGCCUGGCUCGAGUUCAUGAUGAAGUUUGAGCUGGGGUUGGAAAAGCCGGACCCGGGAAGAGCGUUACAGAGUGCGCUCACGAUUGCAGUAGCUUACAUAUUGGGUGGAUUGGUGCCCCUCAUGCCUUACAUGUUCAUCCCGAGGGCCACGGACGCUAUGGUCGUGUCUGUUGUCCUCACUCUCGUCGCUCUGCUCAUCUUCGGCUAUGCCAAGGGACAUUUCACGGGUAGUAAGCCCUUUCAAAGUGCUCUGCAAACAGCGCUCAUCGGCGCCGUCGCCUCCGCGGCCGCUUUCGGGAUGGCCAAGGCUGUUCAGGCAAAAUAAGUAGGGCAGUUUUGUGUUUGCCUACAUGAGAUCCUGCUUCUUCUAGCGAGACUCGAGUGUCUUUUUUCCUUUUCUUGAUCUGGAGGAACUUGGUUCUCUUUCUUGAACUGCUGAAUAUGGUAUUGGUGCAUGAUCAUUGAUCAGCUAGGCGUUUCAUGGCACGGACAUAUUUCUGUCGGCCUUUUCAUAUCGAGUACACAUCCUCAGCUUGCAUUGGAAAUAGAGUGAAGCAAGAAGGAAAUGGCAGACGAGAAAGCAAUGAGCGCUCUCAUGCCCAUGCUACUUCUGAUGUGUGUCCCCUUUUAAGACCAAAAACGACCAAAGCAGAGAAACUUGAGCUUGGAGUUAACAGAGCUCCCUCUCACAUGGGGGUAAAAAUCAACUGGAUAUUCCCUCCAGAUUUGGUAGUAAACAGAGGAAAAGUGCAAUGCCAAUCCGCAUUCCCUCAUACAUGAGAAUACAAUCUUAUAAUGCACUAUUGGGGAAUACACACGAGCUUCAAUUAUGGUAAUCUAUUAAGUGGAACUGACGCUAGAUCAUGUAGAAUCAUGAUAGGACGUGCAAUUUGUGGUACUCGCAUUGUGGCGAUCUUUCCAUUUAAACUCAGAACAACCGUCUUGAGCGCUGAUGUAAAACAGACAAAGAAGUGGACGGUGUACAUAGAAAGUGGAUUUGUUAGGCUAAUGGGCUAAUGAUUACAUACUUUAUAGCCAUUUCGAACUCCUAUAACAAUGUUGAGAGGAAUUGCAAUGUACAAACAUACUAAUAAGCCACCGACAAAGUGGCAUCCAAUCUGUAUUGUGAUUCUCAGCAAGUAAUUUACAAUGUCAUUUGAAAACCUAUACUCAACGUUUUGUGGUUCACCCCACAAGCUGCAAGAAAAAGAUCAUGUUGAGUUGCCUACGCUUAUGAACUCCGUCAAUAACCAACAGGAAUGUUACCAUCAAUAAGGGAACUUCAAUGGGGAAAUUUCGUGUCAUAUCCAGGAUAGAAAACACAGUACUAUGAUUUUUUUUUUCUUCAGUCAGAUUAUGUAAUCUCCCUUCCGCAUUGCAAUUGUGGUUAACCGCAUCAUCUGGCAGUUAGAAAUUAACUUACGUCUUUGCUGGAAAGCUCCAUCAAGUGGCAGAGAUUAGGAGGAUGCAUUUCCAAGAUAUGUUAUAGUAUGCAGAAGAAACCAGAGUAGCCCCCUAAAAAACUGAAGCUGCAGCUACCCUUC